CUUCCCCUCAGAGAGAAGCCUCUUUUUAUAGCCAAGUGACUGAAGGCAUCUCUCCACAGUCAGAGGUGGCCCCAGAGAAGGGAAAAGAGAUGGACGAGCAGGACCCAGAAGGACCUGGGACUGGCAAGACAGCAAGGAAAGAUCCGCAUCCCACCCCAGCUGGGAGUGGUGCUGAAUUCUGGGAAACAUCUGUGCCAGAUAUCUGUUACCCACUCACUGCCCUCUCAGAUGUACGUUUUCCAUGUUUCCGGCAAUUCCGCUACUGUGAGGCCGAUGGGCCCCGAGAGGUUUGCAGCCGGCUCCAUGGACUUUGCAGCCAGUGGCUGAAGCCGGAGAGGCACACCAAGAAGCAGAUCCUGGACCUGGUGAUCCUGGAGCAGUUCCUGACUCUCCUGCCCCAGGAAAUGCAGGGCUGGGUCAGAGGAAGUGGGCCGGAGACCAGUUCCCAGGCGGUGGCCCUGGCCGAAGGUUUCCUCCUGAGUCAGGCAGAGGAGAAGAGGCAGGCAGAACAGAUGUGGGUGCCAUCUGUGAAGCAAGAAGCUGCAUCCCCUGAGGCUGAAGGGGCUUCCUUAGAGCAAAGGCAGAGUGUGAAGGAACACACACAAGACACUCCCUCCUGUGGCAGUGGAGAGAUGCUGUUGAGUCACCAUCUUUUCAGAGGUGUGGAAACGGCUGCUGCAGCUCCAGUCCAGGGUCCCUUUUCCUUGGAGGAGGUGUCCGUCUCUUUCACGGAGGCAGAGUGGGCCCUGCUGGAUCCGGACCAAAGAGCUCUGUACAGGGAAGUCAUGCUGGAGAACUAUGAGAAUGUGGCCUCUCUGGCAAAGGUUGAUCAGACAAAUGAAGAGGGUGAAGAACUUCAUCCACAUUUGCCAGAUAAAGUUAUUAAUAAAGACUUGAAAGGAAAUGUCAGGAAUCAAGGCAGACCCAAGAGAAAGAAAGAUAGCCGUUUGGUUGAGAAGAGAAAUGGAAGAAAGCGUAAUGUACGUUUCCCCAAGCACAAUAUAACGGAGAUGAGUGAAUACAUUCAGUGUGGAAAAGACUUCAUAUAUAAACCACAAAUUCUUGUGAACCAAAGAAUACAAAGAGUAAAGGAAUUUGUUGCAUGCUCAGAGUGUGGAAAGCGAUUCAGUCACAGUUCCCAUCUUCAGCGGCACCAGAAAACUCACACAGGGAAGAAACCUUUUGAAUCCUCAGAGUGUGGAAAGAGAUUCAGUGAGAGGAGAUAUCUUAAACAGCAUCAGAGAACCCACACAGGAGAGAAACCUUUUGAAUGCUCAGAGUGUGCAAAGAGAUUCAGUGACAGGAGAAGUCUUAAACAGCAUCAGAGAACCCACACAGGGGAGAAACCUUUUGAAUGCUCAGAGUGUGCAAAGAGAUUCAGUGACAGGAGAAGUCUUAAACAGCAUCAGAGAACCCACACAGGAGAGAAACCUUUUGAAUGCUCAGAGUGUGGAAAGAGAUUCAGUGAGAGGAGAUAUCUUAAACAGCAUCAGAGAACCCACACAGGAGAGAAACCUUUUGAAUGCUCAGAGUGUGGAAAGAGAUUCAGUGAGAGGAGAUAUCUUAAACAGCAUCAGAGAACCCACACAGGAGAGAAACCUUUUGCAUGCUCAGAAUGUGGAAAGAGAUUCAGUCGGAGUGGCAGCCUUCAACUGGAUCAGAGAACCCACACAGGAGAGAAACCUUUUGAAUGCUUAGAGUGUGGAAAGAGAUUCAGUGACUGGAGAUGUCUUCAACUGCACCAGAGAACUCAGACAGGGGAGAAAUCUUUUGAAUGCAGAGAGUGUGGAAAGCGAUUCAGUCACAGUAGCAGUCUUAAACAGCAUCAGAGAACCCACACAGGAGAGAAACCUUUUGAAUGCUCAGAGUGUGGAAAGAGAUUCAGUGAGAGGAGAUAUCUUAAACAGCAUCAGAGAACCCACACAGGGGAGAAACCUUUUGCAUGCUCAACGUGUGGAAAGACAUUCAGUCGGAGUGGCACUCUUCAAAACCACCAAAGAACCCACACAGGAGAGAAACCUUUUGCAUGCUCAGAAUGUGGAAAGAGAUUCAGUCACAGUGGCAGCCUUCAACUGCAUCAGAGAACCCACACAGGAGAGAAACCUUUUGAAUGCUCAGAGUGUGGAAAGAGAUUCAGUGACAGGAGUUGUCUUCAACUGCACCAGAGAACUCACACAGGGGAGAAACCUUUUGAAUGCAGAGAGUGUGGAAAGCGAUUCAGUCAGUGUAGCCAUCUUAAACAGCAUCAGAGAACCCACACAGGAGAGAAGCCUUUUGAAUGCUUCGAGUGUGGAAAGAGAUUCAGUGACAGGAGAUGUCUUAAACAGCACCAGAGAACCCACACAGGAGAGAAACCUUUUGCAUGCUUCGAAUGUGGAAAGAGAUUCAGUCACAGUGGCAAUCUUCAAAAGCAUCAGAGAACCCACACAGGAGAGAAACCUUUUGCAUGCUCAGCGUGUGGAAAGAGAUUCAGUCAGAGUGUCAAUCUUCAACGGCACCAGAGAACCCACACAGUGGAGAAACUUUUUGAAUCCUCAGAGUGUGGAAAGAGAUUCAGUCAUAGUAGCAGUCUUAAACAGCACCAGAGAACCCACACAGGAGAGAAACCUUUUGAAUGCUCAGAAUGUGGAAAGAGAUUCACUCAGAGUAGCAGUCUUCAACUGCACCAGAGAACCCACACAGGGGAGAAACCUUUUAAAUGCUAG